CUUGCGGCUGCAGACCCUGACUCGAGCGUGCAGCUGUCCUGCCCAUCCGAACGCUCCUCGCAGCUACUACUGCCCUUCAGAAUGGCCAACAGGGGACCUGCAUAUGGCCUGAGCCGGGAGGUGCAGCAGAAGAUUGAGAAACAGUAUGAUGCUGACUUGGAGCAGAUCCUGAUCCAGUGGAUCACUACCCAGUGCCGCAAGGAUGUGGGCCGGCCCCAGCCUGGGCGUGAGAACUUCCAGAACUGGCUCAAGGAUGGCACGGUACUGUGUGAGCUCAUUAAUGGACUGUACCCCGAGGGGCAGGCCCCGGUAAAGAAGAUACAGGCCUCCACCAUGGCAUUCAAACAGAUGGAGCAGAUCUCUCAGUUCCUACAAGCAGCUGAGCGCUACGGCAUCAACACCACUGACAUCUUCCAAACUGUGGACCUCUGGGAAGGAAAGAACAUGGCCUGUGUGCAGCGGACCCUGAUGAACCUGGGUGGGCUGGCAGUAGCCCGAGACGAUGGGCUCUUCUCUGGGGAUCCCAAUUGGUUCCCUAAGAAAUCCAAGGAGAACCCUCGGAACUUCUCAGACAACCAGCUGCAAGAGGGCAAGAACGUGAUUGGGUUACAGAUGGGCACCAACCGCGGGGCGUCUCAGGCGGGCAUGACUGGCUAUGGGAUGCCACGCCAGAUCCUCUGAUCCCACCCCUGCCCCACCUUCCCACGAAUGGUUAAUAUAUAUGUGUGUGUGUGUAUAUAUUUUAGCAGUGACAUUCCCUCAGAGCCCCUGGGCUCUCGAGCUCUCUCUUUCCCAGGGUGAAGGAUCUAGCCUGUCCUGUAACCUCUAGGGUGCUUGAUGGCAGCCUCUCCCCUGUGCUUACUAAGACAUUCCCUUCUCCACACCCAUCAAAACUGGACCACCUGGCCUCAUCUUUUCCCCUGGGACCAAAAUUUGGGGACCUUCCCCCACCUUCUACUCUUUCUCUUCUUUCUCACUGGCCUCUCCUGCUCCUGAGCUCUGUGCCCUCAGCCAUUCCUUGGCUGGAGUCAGACAUGCUACCUUCCAAUAGGCCUGCCUUCUGCGAAUGUGCCUCUCCCACCGCUGUGGCUGUGGGGACUUAAUUUAUAGGGAGGGGCCCGUGGCAGCUGCUACCCUGGCCACCACUGGACUGCGCUCACCACACAUCUGGGGCAGCCUUCCCAGGCAGAGGCCCGUGUGGCUUCUCAUUUUCCAUUCCCCUCACUGUGGCUAAGGGAUUGGGGAGCUGGGGACAGAAAAGGGAGAGCAGCCCACUAUGGUCCGGGGCUUGAGGAAUAUGAGUUUGCUGAUUUAAUAAAGAAUCCCAGUCUUUUUUGGAUGGA